UGCUUUUUUGAAUAAUGUUGUGUAAAAGUGCUACUCGAUUUUCCUGUUAUUUUACGAGAAACGUUCGAAGAGACUUUCACGUAACCAUCAAUCCUCUUCGUAAGAUAAUCAAGGAAUCUGGUAACGUUGUUGAGUCCGUCAAUACCGGAAAUGCAAUUAAACCUCCACGAAUACUAAUAACAGGUGGUCUCGGACAAUUAGGCACGGAAUGCGCGAAGUUGCUUCGUCGAAAUUACGGUAAUGAGAAUGUCAUACUGUCAGACAUUAUCAAGCCAUCGGAGGAGAGCUUAGAGAACGGACCUUUCAUCUUUGCCGACAUCCUCGACUUUAAGGGUCUGCAGAAGAUAGUCGUGGACUAUGGAAUCGACUGGCUCAUCCACUUCAGCGCUCUACUUAGCGCUGUGGGCGAACAAAACGUACCGCUAGCCGUCAGAGUCAAUAUCGAAGGAAUGCACAACGUUAUCGAAUUAGCGAAACAGUAUAAGCUGAGAAUUUUCAUACCAUCGACGAUUGGCGCAUUUGGUCCCGAUUCGCCGAGGAAUCCCACGCCGAAUGUUACGGUGCAACGACCUCGUACGAUUUACGGUGUCAGCAAGGUCCACGCUGAACUCUUAGGAGAGUAUUAUCAUCAUCGCUUUGGUCUAGAUUUUCGAUGUCUUCGAUUUCCCGGUGUAAUCAGCAGCGAUCCACCUGGCGGCGGCACUACAGAUUACGCUGUAGCGGUAUUUCAUGAAGGACUGUUAAACAAAAGAUACGAGUGCUACUUGGAGCCUCAUACAAGACUGCCCAUGAUAUACAUCGAUGACUGUCUGUCGGCGCUCUUUCAGUUUUUGAAUACACCUGAAAAAUUAUUGCGUAGACGAGUUUACAACGUUACAGCCAUGAGCUUCACACCUGAAGAAUUGUUUAAUGAACUCUUUAAAUAUAUACCGGAUUUGAAAAUUACUUACAAACCUGACAAACGACAGCAUAUCGCGGAAAGCUGGCCGCAAGUUUUCGACGAUAGCGAAGCACGACGGGAUUGGGGAUGGCAGCAUAAAUAUGAUCUACAGAGGCUAGUGGAGUUAAUGGUGCAAGAUGUUAACACGAAUUUUUUACCAAAAUAUCGACUGAAAGAAGUCAACAGCUACGUAUAAAUUCUAUAAAAAUUAUACAUAAUUGACUUCUUUCAAUUGAUGUGUGUUUUGAGAGCUUCUAUGUUAUAACAAUUGACAUACUAGAAGCCUAUACCGGUCGAAGCUAGAUCUUUUAAUGCUUUAACUAAGCAAUUCGGUGCACAGUUUGAAGGACUAUACAAAUAUGGUAUAUAUGCAAGAGUACAUAUAUAAUUCACAUUGAAUUAUUUAAAGCAUUAAAAGAUCUAGCUUCGACCGGUAUAGGCUUCUAGUAUAUCAAUUGUGUUUCACAUGUACGG